GAGGCCUCAUCCCCGGGCCUCACCCUACAGGCGCAGUCCCAGAGAGCGCGCUCUGAGAGCCGAGGGAGCGUCUGUCUGUCCCCCAGACACGCAUGGUGUCCUUCUCUGGGGCAUGGGACACGGGUCAUCUUUCCCGUGAGCAUUUCUUCUUGGGGCCGUUUCGAACGCGGACUCCGCCAUCUCGCAGGAGGCGAGGUGAGGCUCGAGGGCCGUGGCAGCUGGCCGGUCCGGUCCCCAAGCGUGCUGGCUCUGGGCCCGGCCACAGCAAGGUGCAGAGGCUGCUCCCAUCACGGCCUUUGCUCGCUUCUCGGACGGCAUCCAGGAGAGCUGGAGGUGUUUCAGAAAGAUGGGGAGCGAAAAAUUCAAAGUCGCCAGCAACUUCCGGUGGGAACAACAUGGGGCCCGUUUGCUGGGAAGAUGGACCUGAAUAACAAUUCCUUGAAGACAAAGGCUCAGGUCCCCAUGGUGCUGACGGCGGGUCCCAAGUGGCUGCUGGAUGUGACUUGGCAAGGCGUGGAGGACAACAAAAACAACUGCAUUGUGUACAGCAAAGGGGGUCAGCUGUGGUGCACAACCACGAAGGCCAUCUCCGAGGGCGAGGAGCUCGUGGCCUUUGUAGUGGACUUCGACUCCAGGCUGCAGGCCGCCAGCCAGAUGGGCCUGGCCGAGGGGAUGUACCCGGCGCGGCUGCUCGACACCAUUCAGCUGCUGCCCCAGCAGGCCGCCAUGGCCUCCAUCCUGCCCACGGCCAUCGUCAACAAGGACAUCUUCCCGUGCAAGUCCUGUGGCAUCUGGUACCGCAGCGAGCGGAACCUGCAGGCCCACUUGAUGUACUACUGCAGCGGGAGGCAGCGCGAAGCCAUCCCAGUGUCCGAAGAGAGCGAGGACGUCGCCCAGCAGGGGUCCAGCCUAUGCCCCUUCCCACAGUGCACCAAGAGCUUCUCUAGCACCCGUGCCCUGGAGAUUCACCUAAGCUCUCACAGCGGCGUGAAGAUGGAGGAGUUCCUGCCCCCCGGAGCCAGCCUCAAGUGCACCGUGUGCAGCCACACGGCAGACUCCGUGAUCAGCUUCCACCAGCACCUGUUCUCCCACCUCACGCAGGCUGCCUUCCGCUGCAGCCACUGCCACUUCGGCUUCCAGACCCAGAGGGAGCUCCUGGCGCACCAGGAGCUGCACGGCCCUGGAGGCAAACUGCCAAGGGACAGCGACCUGGAGCAGUCUCCACGCGGACCAGAAGACGGUGUGCAGCCGGCCACAGACGCGCUGGCCAGAGGCGAGCUCCCUCCGAGCCAGAAGGCCAUGCAGACAAAAGACGCCAGCUCUGACACGGAGCUGGACAAGUGUGAGAAAAAGACCCAGCUCUUCCUCGCUACCCAGAGGCCUGAAAUACAGCCUGCGACGAACAAGCAAAACUUUUCCUAUACGAAAAUCAAGUCGGAGCCCUCCAGCCCGCGGCUGGCCUCCUCUCCGGUCCAGUCCCACAUGGGGCCUUCCUUCCCCGUGGGCCCUUUCCUAUCUCAGUUUGCUUUUCCCCAAGAUAUCACGAUGGUCCCGCAGGCUUCCGAGAUCCUAGCCAAGAUGUCCGAGCUGGUGCACAGGCGACUGAGGCACGGAAGCAGCAGCUACCCGCCCGUCAUUUACAGCCCCUUGAUGCCCAAGGGGGCCACUUGUUUUGAGUGUAACAUAACCUUCAAUAAUUUGGAUAAUUACCUAGUGCACAAAAAGCAUUACUGCAGCAGCCGGUGGCAGCAGAUGGCCAAGUCCCCAGAGUUCCCUGGGGUUGCAGAAAAGAUGCCAGAAGCGGUGAGCCCCAACACGGCCCAGACCUCCAUCGGCCUCCUCACCCCAGCAGCUCACGCUGUGGAUCCCGAGAACCCGCUUCUUCAAAGUCCCUGCAUCAACUCUUCCACAGUCUUGGAUCUAAUUGGGCCAAACGGGAAGGGCCACGACAAGGACUUUUCCACCCAAGCUAAGAAGCUCUCCACCUCCAACAGCGGUGACGACAAAGUGAACGGAAAAGCUGUCGAUGUGAAAAAUGCCAGCGUCCCCUUGGUGGACGGGGAGAGCGACCCAAAUAAGACGACGUGUGAGGCGUGCAACAUUACCUUCAGCCGGCACGAAACGUACAUGGUGCACAAGCAGUACUACUGCGCCACGCGCCACGACCCCCCGCUGAAGAGGUCCGCGUCCAGCAAAGUGCCUGCCGUGCAGAGGGCCAUGCGCACCCGCAAGCGGAGGAAGAUGUACGAGAUGUGCCUGCCUGAGCAAGAGCAGAGGCCCGCGCUGGUCCAGCAGCGCUUCCUGGACGUGGCCAGCCUUGGCAGCCCCUGCGGCUCCAGCCAGGAGCCCGCCGCCGACGGGCUGGGUGAGUGCUACCUCCCGCGCUGCGACGUCUUCCCCGGCAUAGUGUCCAAGCACUCGGAGGCGUCCCUGAGCAUCGGCAAAUGCGGCCCCGCGUCCAAGUGCGACGCCUCCCACUCCAGCGCGCCCUGCCUGGAGCUGGACGCGCCCAUCGAUCUCAGCAAGAAGUGCUUGACCCAGUCAGAGCGGACGAGCGCAUCUCCCAAACGGCUGCUGGACUACCACGAGUGUACCGUGUGCAAGAUCAGCUUCAACAAGGUGGAGAACUACCUGGCCCACAAGCAGAACUUCUGCCCGGUCACGGCCCACCAGCGCAGCGAGCUGUUCCCCAACCCGGAGAGCGAACGGAACAGCCCGGACGCCGGCUACGAGAGAAGUAUCGUCAAGUGUGAGAAGAACGGGAACCCGAAGCAGGCCUCUCCCAACGGAAACUUAUUUUCAUCCCACCUGGCGACCCUUCAAGGCCUCAGAGUCUUCAGUGAAGCCGCUCAGCUCAUUGCUGCGAAGGAAGAGAACAAACACUUGCUUCUACCCCAAUGCCUUUACCCCGGAGCAAUAAAGAAGGCCAAAGCGGCCGGCCAGCUCUCCCCGUACUACGGCAUCGGGCCCAGCGACGGCCUCUCCGGGCCCCCUGGGGUGCACAGCGCUGAUGCGGAGCCAAGCACAACUGCAGAAAGCCAGUCUCCCAAAGGCCAGGCUUCCUCCAAUGGCUGUGCUGUGCCCAAAAGCAGAGGCAUGGUCAUAGUGAACGGGGGGCUGCGGCUGGAGGAGAGGCCGGCCACCACGCCGCGGCAAGAGGACAUUCCCCAGAACCCGGCCCAGGACGAGGGCCACAAGUCGCCCUCCUGGAUCUCGGGGAACCCGCUGGCGGCGAACGAGAACGUGUCCCCGGGCGCCCCGGCUGCCGAGGAACAGUUGUCCGGUACGGCGAAAGGCGUGAACGGCUCAGCCCCGGCCCCCGGCAGCGGCAAGUACUGCCGGCUGUGUGACAUCCAGUUCAGCAACCUCUCGAACUUUAUAACUCACAAGAAGUUCUACUGCUCGUCACAUGCCGCCGAACACGUCAAAUGAACCAUGGACCCCGGACACAGCAGUCACCUUGGUACUGUGCUCAGCGUGUCGUUCUAACCGGUCUGGGACACAGCACAACACAACACAGCGAGCUGCUGGAGUUACGUCUGGCGAUCAGAAGUUAAUGCAGUAACGGCCGGCCUGAAGACUUGAGGUGUAAUUUCAUUACAGUCCAUUAGUAAAGUGUAUUCUUGGUGCCAUUUUCAAAGAAUUAAUUUAUUUUACCAGCAGUAUUCAUAGCUGUGGUUAUGUUAUUUUUUAUUUAAAAACUUUAUAUUAAAGUCAUUUGUAAUGUUAUUGUAUAGUUAUUGUGUAGCACAUAUGGUUUGCACUGUAUAUAGGUUUUAAAGAAAAUAGUCACAGACAAUACAGAACAGCAUUUUAAACAUAGCUUCAGAAGCACUUGUGUAUCUGGAUUUUUUCCUUUCAUGCUGUUGCAGAUAUAUGUAUGUGCUAAAAUAUAACUUGCAAAGAUGUUCGAAAUACACAUGCUGUGAGUUCGCCUUAAGAUUUCAACCUUUGGAUGAUCAGGCCCUGUUUGUACUUUAUAUUUUAGCACAUACACACAGUCUUAGGCACUAGGCUUCGCAUUUGUAUGUAGCCGUAUAUUUCUGUCCAUUUCUUAAUCUUAAACAUGUAUGUUAAAUGAAGAUGGCAGUUUUUUUUUUCUUGUACAGUACUUGUAUUUUCUUUCGCUGAUGCAGCUGUCGAUUUUUAAACCUUUGCUGUUAAAUGCAAUACUUUGUAAAGAUGAACAAAAUUACUGGAAGCAGUAUUGUAAGGAAGGAGGUAGUAUUAACCAGUUUUAUCUUUUGAAAGGCACAGUCUAAAGGGAAACCCUGAACUCAAUGCUGCAAGUAUGAAUUUAAUUCAUAUAGAAGAUCUAUUUAAGUAAGAGUAGCAAUACUGCACCUGGUGAUCACAAAGAUAAUGUUCUACUUCUGAUAGAAAUAAUUUCUCAACAAAUGUUGUUACUAUGCAUGUAUAUGGAUGGAAUAAA